AUGUUCGCCCGCGUCUCCCAGCUCUCCCGGCACCUUUCACGUACGCUCCCGAACUACACGCAUCGCUCGGCCGCCGCUGUAGCUAGCACCACCAUGACAUCACCAUCUCUGUCCUCGGGGCAGCAGAAGAACAUGAUACACACGGCGGGAUGUCUCAUCAUCGGUGACGAGGUGCUCGGCGGCAAGACGGUCGACACCAACUCAGCCUACCUGGCCAAGUUCUGCUUUUCGCUCGGCAUGGCGAUGAAGCGCGUCGAGGUGAUCGCAGAUGAUGAGGACGAAAUAAUAGAAGCCGCGCGGCGCAUGUCCAAGAACUAUGACUUCGUCGUGACAUCCGGUGGCAUCGGACCUACACACGACGACAUCACCUACCAAUCAAUAGCGAAGGCGUUCGGGCUGGAAUUGAAGCUGCACGAUAAGACGAUGGAAAAGAUGCGCCGGUUGUCGCGGCCGCACAAGUCGCAGCCAAACUUUGACUGGGACAAUCCGAGCCCGGCGCUGAAAGCGAAGAUGCGCAUGGCGGAACUGCCGUGGGAUCCGAGUAAGAGUGAGGACGAGCAGGUCAUAUACGUGAAGGAUGACCUUUGGGUACCAAUCUCGGUGGUGAACGGGAAUAUACAUAUACUGCCGGGCGUGCCACGGCUCUUUGAAGCGUUGCUAACAGGCAUGAAACCGAUGCUAUUGCCGAGGCUGAAGGAUCCUGAGGGCAAGGGCACCUACCGCAUGCUGUUCAGCACGCCACUGGCGGAGAGCUCGGUGGCCGAGUACCUGACUGAAUUGGCUAAAAAGGUGGAACCCAAGGGCAUCAAGGUUGGCAGCUACCCAAGAUGGGGGAAGAAGAGGAAUGUCGUGACCUUGGUGGGGACGGACAGGGAGUACAUGAACAUAUUGGAGGAAGAGGUUGCAAAGGGCGUCGAAGGGAAGAGAGUAGAGGUGGAGGGGGAAGAUGAUACUGACGCAGAGGAGGAUAUCAAAAAAGACAAAGAUGCUUGA